UUGAAAUAGGUUCACUGUGUAUCCGUAAAGGCAAAGAAAAGAGGCUUUUGGAGUUCCUCCUAUAGCGAGAUUCCCCGAUUUAGGGUUCCGAUCUUCUUCUCCAAAUGGCCGAUGUGACUCUGCCUCCGGCCGAUUCCGUUCCGGAGAAGACCACAUCUUCCUCACCACCUCCUCCUUCCUCUCUUCCGCAACAGGAACCGGCGCAGGAACAGCAAGAGCAACAGCCUCCUAACCGCCGUGAGAGAGAUUCCCGCGAGCGGCGUGACGAAAGAGACCUCGAACGUCCGCCCAAUCGCCGUGAGCGUGACCGUUCGCCGCUCCCGCCGCCCCGCAGGGAUUACAAGAGGCGGCCUAGCGGGAGCCCUCCACCACCGUAUAGAGAUAGGCGGCACUCUCCUCCCAUGCGUCGCUCGCCUCCGCACAAGCGUUAUAGGAGGGACGAUAAUGGCUUUGAUGGUCGACGUGGCUGUCCCCGUGGUGGCUAUGGCCCACCCGAUAGAAGGUUUGGAUAUGACUAUGGUGGAGGAUAUGAUCGUGAAAUGGGUGGGAGGCCUGGUUAUGGUGAUGAUAGGCCUCAUGGCCGAUUUAUGGGUCGCUAUCAGGACUGGGAGGGAGGUCGUGGAGGCUAUGGUGAUGCUUCCAACAGUGGAAGUACUCAAAGGGAUGGAUUGAUGUCAUACAAACAGUUUAUCCAGGAGUUGGAAGAUGAUAUACUGCCAUCAGAAGCUGAACGCAGAUAUCAAGAGUAUAAGUCAGAGUAUAUCACAACACAGAAACGUGUCUUUUUUAACACUCACAAAGAGGAAGAAUGGUUGAAAGAUAAGUAUCAUCCAACAAACCUACUCUCUGUCAUAGAAAGGAGGAAUGAACUAGCACGGAAGGUGGCGAAAGAUUUUUUACUUGAUUUACAGAGUGGAACACUAGAUUUAGGUCCUGCAGUGACAUCAUUGAAUAAAUCAGGCCGGACUAGUGAGCCAAAUUCCGAGGAUGAAGCAGCUAAUGGUGGUAAAAGAAAAAGACCUGGUAAGGGUGGAGCUAAAGAGAUUGAGCAUUCAGCGGCGCCGAAAGCACCCAGUUUCACUUCUGAUCCAAAGAGAAUCCUAACUGACAUUGAUCAAGCACAAGCCCUUGUGCGUAAGCUAGACACUGAGAAAGGGAUUGUGGAAAACGUUUUAUCUGGUUCAGAAUCUGAAAAGUCGGGUAGAGAUAAGUUACCCACUGGUUCCACUGGUCCAGUUAUAAUCAUAAGAGGCUUGACAUCUGUAAAAGGCCUAGAGGGUGUUGAAUUGCUUGACACACUUAUCACGUACCUCUGGCGUGUUCAUGGUGUGGACUAUUACGGAAAAGUUGAAACAAAUGAGUCUAAGGGUCUGCGGCAUGUGAGAGCUGAGGGAAAAGGCUCUGAUGCAGAAGGAGAUGAGAGCGAAAGUAAAUUUGAUUCUCAUUGGCAAGAGAGGUUGAAAGGUCAAGAUCCCCUUGAAGUGAUGGCUGCCAAAGAGAAGAUAGAUGCUGCUGCUCUUGAAGUUUUAGAUCCUCAUGUCCGAAAGAUUAGGGAUGAAAAGUAUGGUUGGAAAUAUGGUUGUGGAGCUAAAGGCUGUACGAAACUGUUUCAUGCUGCUGAGUUUGUGUACAAGCAUCUCAAGCUGAAACACACUGAGCUUGUCGUGGAUUUGACUGGCAAAGUGCGGGAAGAACUGUAUUUUCAGAACUAUACGAGUGAUCCUAAUGCUCCCGGAGGACAACCAGCCACGCAGCAAUCUGGCCCGAGAGAUAGACCUAUGAUGAGACGUAAACCAGGCAUGGAAAACAGAUUAAGGGAUGAUCGAGGUGGACGCAGAGAGCGUGAUGGACGGGCCAAUGGAAAUGACAGAGUUGACCGGUCAGAGGAUCAACAGAGAGGGGAUGGUGAUGGUCCUAAUGGUGCAAACCAGGAAGGUGGUUACGAAGCAUUUGGUGGACAAGCCGGUGUUCAUGUUCCUCCCUACUCGUCGGACAUAAACCCACCACCAGUGCUGAUGCCUGUUCCUGGUGCCGGGCCACUAGGACCAUUUGUACCAGCACCGCCUGAGUUUGCGAUGCAGAUGUUUAGGGACCCGAGUGGACCCAACCCUUCUUUUGAAGGUAGCGGCAGAGGUGGAGCAGCCCCUUUUCUUAUGUCUCCGGCCUUUAGACAGGAUCCUAGACGGCUACGCAGCUACCAAGACCUUGAUGCUCCAGAGGAAGAGGUGACUGUAAUUGAUUACAGGAGUUUGUAGACACGAGAAAGAUAGAGAUUGCGAGUCUACCCAUUCUGGUCGGGUCAAAGGAUCCAUGUUAGAAUGUGAGCCAGCGGAGUUACAUGUCAGUCGAUGUUGUAUUGUCUUGUUCCUCCUAAUUUUCACUCACUCCAUAUAUAUUUCGUUUUUUUUUUGCUUAUUUGAUUUUCAUAUGCUUACCAAAAUCUGUUUUGGACGAUUACAUAAAUGUGCAUGAGAAUUCUUGUAUUAAAAAAUAUUGCCAGUAUCAUCAACAUAGUUACUAUGCCUCCUUCAAAACUCCAAUUUUCGGAAAUACAACUCAUGAG